AUGCCUCUAUGUGAUCAUUGUGAUAUGGAAUUGAAUGAAAAGAACUUGCGAGUUCACAUUAGAAGAAAGCACACCACAGUUAAAGAGGCCAUCACAUUAGAACGACAUUUACUUUGUCAGGUCAUUGACAGUAAGCAUGGAAUUUUUGCAGUGGCAAAAUCUUUCAGUGCACCAUCAAUUCCCAUCCAUGUUCAAAAAAGGAUUUGGGGUGUGAAUGACAAAGUUAUGUGUGAACUAGACCAAUGUAAUGCUAGUGCUGAUUUUGCACAAAGGAGUGGCCUGAAACCAUUUGAGUGCUGCCAUCUCAUGUCCUUAGCUUUCUGUCCCAAAGAUGAUGGCAAUUCUGUUAAUCUCAAAGAGGAAACCCUAAACGAGAUGGUGAAAGAAAAAUGGUUUGGAGAAAGUAGGAAAGAUGCAUGCAUCGAAAGGCAGUGCAUGGCAAACAAAGAAGAUGUGCCACUUUCUGUAGCGAUCACAUUUGCUGGGCCCUCAACAAAAAAAUAUAUAUCAGUGUAUGAGCCAAAAAUGUCUUAUUACUGCAGACUUGGAAGAGUGACUGUUGUAUAUGACAGUAAGAAGAUCACAUGGGCCUGUCCAUGUAAUAAAACAAAACAGUCAUGUAUUCACAAAGCAAUAGCUAAAUGGCAUUUAUUUCAAAGUCAGAGAGCUCUCUUCCAGAAAGUGAAGACCACCGAAAGGAUUGAUUCCAUGCAGAUACCUCAACAGCAGUCUGAGAGCGUGGAUGACUGUAGUGAUCAUCAGUACCCACCUAAUGAUGAUGGAAUAGAGAGGAUGGUGCACUAUUUGAUGAAAAAUAAAUCUCUGCCUGUGGACCUUCUUCAAAAUUUGGUUAGUGGUCUACAACAUGGAAGUGAAUUUAGACACCAACUAAUUCCUGAAGAAACAUUCUGCUCCGAAUGUGAGGGUAAUCAUGUUCUAAGUGACCCAAUUAUUAUAACCUCACGAGCAAAGAUUCUGACCUUUACUGGGGUAGUUGAAGGAAUUUCAACUUACUACAAAGUAUGUAGCAACUGCAGCAUGAUGUACAGAUACCAGGAAUUCACUGAUGGUAUCCAUAACUUCAGUGACCACCUUCUGCUUUCUCUUCACUUGUGUGUAAUUCUUCGCAAUGCUCUUCAGAAUCACACUGCUGUUAGCAGAGUAAUGAGCAUACUUGAAGCCACUGCCAAAGCAAAAUUCCCCAGCAAAGACACAGUGCUCCAUGGUUACCUUCACUUUGAAGCCUUGAGUAGCCAUGUUUAUUCUUACCCCUGCAUCAAUUGUGAAUGUGGAUUGGACACAAAGGGUUCAAGGAUGGAUCUUGUGUUACGUUUGCAAACAGAGAUGCAAAACCGCUCUGCGUACGACAAAAUCUUCCAGCAGAUUUGGGGUGCUUCUGGUGGCUGGGCAGUCAUUACAUGUCCAUGUGGAAUAGUGUAUUCCAUCAAAUUCAACAUAAGAGCAGAGUCUCCCAGAGACUUUGCGGACUUGCUGCUGAGUUGGAAGCACUUUCCUAAUGUUGUAAUAUACGACUUUGCUAGAGGACUUGCAGCACACGUUAAUCUUCGUGAAGCAGAUUCUCUACCUUUCAGUCCCCAUGAAGGGAGACUUGCUGAACCAACUACAGCAAAUAUCCAGCUAGCAAAAGAAGGCAAGCUCAAAGUUAAUCUACCAUGGUUGAAAAAUAAGAAGGAGGAGGAGGAUACCAACUGCCAUCCUUUGACAGGAUCAUCAGAGCAUUAUACUUUGUAUGACAGAUUCCAUGAAUUCAACACCAAAGACCCAAGAGAUGCUCUUAGGAGAGUCCAAGUAGUCCCAGAACUUUGUGGAUGGGUAAAUACUCAAACCGCAGAGCAACUUUUUGCUGCAAUGUGCAAAAACAGUUAUUUCCUGAACAUUCUCACGUCACCAGGACACACAUUUUUGAUGCGCAACAUCAUUCACCAUUAUAACACAGCACAGAAUAAGAACGUGGAGGACAGCCUAAGAAAAGUUGUAUCACCAAGUGAUCAGUUAACCUUCAAUGGUUAUGGUCAGAUAGUACUUGGUAAGUUUUUUUUGUUUGUUUGUUUGUUUGUUUUUGUUUUUUUAUAUAUAUCUUACAAUGACUAUUAAUUUUUUCAUGUAUUGUAAAAAUCACUUUGUCUUAUGUUGUAUGUGAAGGUACACCUCCACAGUCCCUAAAUGAUAGUGAGAGACUCAACUGUGAUAUUACACAAAUAGACCAAGUACACUGCACUUGCAAAAUCUCACUUCACUUAAUAAAUACAGUUGGAUCAUAAUAUUUUGUCUCUUUUCAGACCCCAGCCAAGGUUCAGUGAUGGGCAUGACAGCCCUACGAAAUGUGCAGCCAAACAGGGCAUGCUGGAUGCAUCCACAAAGCAGUGACCAAAUGAAGAUGAUAAAAAAUGCUUUAAAUGAAAAGGAAUCACAACAACAAUUUUUGGCUCAAGUAGGAGCAACAAUUCUGGACAGAUCAGAUUUUAUUACCUUGGGACAUCCAAAUGAUGUUGAAGGGACUAUUUUAAAUGCCUGCCUUUCAAUGGUCAGAGAUAUUGCUGACUUAAAGGACCAUAUAGCAGAAUGUGACUUCAUCUUACUGCCUUCCUGGGCAUCAAACCAUUGGAUGAUAUGUGUAAGUCUAUUGUGUUUAAAUAAUUAGUUCUCCUUAAUGCAAGUAACACUGAGAUAUGUUGACAUAACUAACAGUUGUAUCUACCAAGAAUCAUUUAAUAGAACCAGUUUUACAGAUCAUGAAACCAAAAAGCAGAGAGAUGUAUUUGCUUGAUUCACUGUACGGCACUGACUUCAGCGAUUGUCGUUACAUUGAUCCCUACAGGUUUUUUCAGAAAAAAAUAUUAAGAGUUCAAAAGAAGUUCAGGAUUAUGGUAGUUCUGUUUUGUGCCAUACAUCCUUCUGCAUGCAUUUUGUUUUUUGGUUUAUGGCUCAUUUUUCAUUGAUGCUUAAACUAUUUAAAUCUACCUUAUCGUUGGAAUUAUAUUUUAUAGUUCAAAGAUACAAUUGUUUAAACAAUGAUAAAUGAGCCAAGAAUUUGUUUGGGGUUGUUCCACCCCAGUUUGUUUGUUUAUUAGUAUUUCAUUAUUAUUUUUAGUCCAUUUUUGUUUUAAUUGUUGUUGUUGUUGUUGUUUAAAUGUUUUGUAGAAUACUUGCACAGCAACUACAUCCUGGGCCGUGGAAAGAGUAUGGACGUGAUGAUCUCAACGUAAGCAGUUUUCUUGUUGCCAUCACU